UCUGUUUUCACUUUUCACUUUCAGUUCAACAACACAAUCUAUGAUUCUCUAAUCCUCUUUAAAGCCAACUGAUUUCUCUCCUACUCGCAUCCCUCUUCUUCUUUCUCUCUCACUGUAACUAUAAACUAUUCACUACGUAACAAACCACAUACCCUUUUUCCUCCUCUUCUCCAUUUUCCCAUUACUCUGUUUCUCGCUUUCAAUCUCAACUCCAUGGCCCAGUUUACCCCCUCAGGUAAAUCUGGUGAUUUGAAACAAGAAGAUGACAAGAAAACAAGUGAACUAGUUGUUUGCUUGGGUGAACUGUUAAUAGACUUUGUACCAACGGUGGGUGGAGUGUCACUAGCUGAAGCACCUGCUUUCAAGAAAGCUCCUGGUGGUGCUCCUGCCAAUGUAGCAGUUGGCAUCUCAAGGCUUGGUGGUUCAUCUGCUUUCAUAGGCAAGGUAGGAAAGGAUGAAUUCGGGUAUAUGUUAUGUGAUAUUUUAAAGCAGAACUUUGUUGAUACAUCUGGCGUGCGGUUUGACUCUGAAGCUAGAACUGCAUUAGCUUUUGUCACGCUUAGAGCCGAUGGCGAGCGCGAGUUCUUGUUUUUCCGGAACCCUAGUGCUGAUAUGCUUCUUCAUGAGUCAGAGAUUGACAAAAAUCUCAUACAGAAGGCUAAAAUAUUCCAUUAUGGUUCCAUUAGCUUGAUUCAUGAUCCAUGCAAGUCAGCUCAUCUUGCCGCCUUGCGAAUCGCUAAAGAAUCUGGUUGUAUUCUCUCAUAUGAUCCAAAUUUGAGAUUGGCGCUAUGGCCAUCAGCUGAGGCUGCUCAGAAAGGCAUAAUGAGUGUAUGGGACAAAGCUGAUAUCAUAAAGAUAAGCGAGGAGGAGAUUACGUUUUUGACAGAGGGUGAUGAUCCUAACGAUGAUGAUGUUGUAUUAAAGAAGCUUUUUCACCCUAAUCUCAAGCUAUUAAUUGUGACACAAGGCUCAGAGGGUUGUAGAUAUUACACCAAGAAAUUCAAAGGCCGGGUGGCAGGUGUUAAAGUUAACCCCAUUGACACAACUGGGGCCGGUGAUGCAUUUGUUAGUGGGAUUCUCUACAACAUAGCUUCAGAUCAAAGCAUUUUACAGGAGGAGGAGCAACUCCGGAAAGCGCUACGAUUUGCCAACAUAUGUGGUGCCAUCACUGUGACAAAGAGAGGUGCAAUUCCCGCACUACCUAACAAAGAAGCUGUUGCGCAGUUCAUGUUAGAAGCAACUACAAUAUAGCACCAACCAUUAACACUUGACAGUUUCUUCUGUUAUAAAAAUGUACUACUAUAUGGUGUUAAGCUAUGGCUUUGUAUCUUUUACUUUGUAUUUUUUUUUUCAUUUACAAUAAGCUCAAUUGCGUUGCUCA